AAGACAAUCAACGCUCACAGCUAAGGAGGAACUAAGUCACGGGGUCAUACCUAGACCAGAGCAUAUCACUUCAUCACGUCAACGGGAAGAGCAACAAGGUCCUGCUGCACCACAAUCUCAGGUUUGGGCUGUAAGUCCAUCAACAGACAGACAGAAGCAUCCCCUAUAAGGAGAAGAGGAACCAGAAAAGAAGAUGAAGCUGUUUGUCAUUCUAGCACUUGUAGUAAUCUGUAGCAACACGGUGUCUGCAAGGAACUUGUCCCGUAGAAAGCCCUCAUGGCCGCACAGCACAUGCGACACUCAUAGAGUGCGACCAUCAGCGAGGAUGUGCCUGUUGGAGGAUGGGACAAGCUACAGGGGCUCUGUCUCUGUGUCGGCAUACGGCCACAGGUGCCUCAGAUGGUUCAAGUUUGAAUGGACCUGGGGGGCCGCAAAAGGACUGGGCCCUCACAAUUACUGCAGGAAUCCUGACCAGAGCUUGACGCCAUGGUGCCGAGUCAAAAGAGGAACAAGGAUUGUGAGAGAAUUGUGCAACAUUCCUAAAUGUCCCGUUCCAAAACCUCCUGUCCCGCCAGCUGUGGAUACAGAGCUGACAUGUGGCGAGAUGCCAUCACAGAAGAUAAAUAAGAUAGUGGGUGGUACUAUGACAUCCAUAGAGUCCCAGCCAUGGGUGGCAGCCAUCUUUUGGCACCAUGAUUUCUGGUGUGGAGGCUCGCUCAUCGCACCUUCUUGGGUUCUUACUGCUGCACACUGUUUGCAGAAUGAUGAUGGUACGGUCAUCAACGUCCGGCAUCUGUCUGUAUACCUGGGGAAAAGUAACAUCAGAGUCACUGACGUUGACCGGGAGCAGAAGUUCACCGUGGAACAAAUGAUCAUACAUCCCAAGUACAAGGACCUUCGACCCUUCAACAAUGACAUCGCGCUGUUGAAGAUCAAGAGUCAGGAUGGCAAAUCUGCAGUGCGGACACCGUCUGUGCGGACAGUUUGCCUUCCUCCACAUCUCACCAUGCUUCCUCCAGGAGUUGAAUGCAGCAUCGCAGGAUUCGGCAAGGAAAGUGACAGUUAUUAUGCACCAAGCUCCUCUAACUUCCUGAAGCAGGCAAAGGUGACGCUGCUCUCUGAGAGCGUCUGCAAACGUGAUCCUUUUUAUGCCAAAAAUGUGACCAGCAACAUGUUCUGUGCCGCGAGCCCUACCUGGAGCACUGAUUCCUGCCAGGGUGACUCUGGCGGUCCCUUGAUGUGUGAAGUUUCGGGCCGGAUGUUUGUGUUCGGGGUGGUGAGCUGGGGCGAAGGCUGUGCCAAGCAGGACAAACCAGGAGUUUACACACGCGUCACCAACUACAACAACUGGAUCGCAGAGAAAACCGGCCUCCCUGCCUAUACAGCAGGAGUCAUGUAUCCCCAAAAGUGAUGCUUUGAAAAAAAAAGAAAAAAAAACUAGUGAUCAGAGGCUUAUUUUAAUUUAAUAUCCAUAUUUAUGCAAUACUGUAUGUAGGCUACAGUUGAUGCCACACCAACUUCAGAGUGCACAGAGUAGCAGCUGAUGGGCAUCACUAUUUAACAGUGUUUUCAGAAUGGGUAUUUACUUUUAUUUAAUUUAAUAUUUAAUAAAUUCAUAUUUUGGAUUCCUGUUGUUUUUUUUUUUUACAUUUAUUUUUAUAUUUCAUUCUUUUUGAUAAGAUUGUUUGGGACAUAACAUUUGAUAAUAAAUUAUUAAACAAUUAUUUUAUACAUGAUUUUCUAUCUUUUCUACUUGUUGGAGGCUGC